AGACACUCCUUGCCCUCACUGCAGUCUCACUGUCCCCAAGCUGCUCCUGCCUCAUGGCACCAAUGGCAGUGGCCCUCAUCCUUGGUUGGUGGCUGGUGGCUGCGAGCAGGGCACAGCAACUGCCCCGACCCUCCCUGUCACUGCACCCCAGCCAGCGGGUGUCCCUGGGGGACACUGUCACCCUGCGCUGCCACCUGCCCCUGCCGGCUGCCUGGGUCUGGCUGUAUCUGGAAGGACGUUGGUCAUACGCCAAGUACAUUGACAAGAAGCAGGACACGACAGAGUUCUCCUUCCGUAGCGCAAGUCAUGAUCAAGCAGGUACAUAUUUGUGCCAGUACCAGGUGUCUGAGUCAGAGGACGUAUCAGUGAUGAGUGACCCCGUGGAGCUGGUGCUGACAGAUCGCAGUUUCCCCCCACCUCAUAUCUCCAUUCACCCCGAGGAACGUGUGGGGACAGGGACCAAUGUCACCAUCCACUGUUGGAACAAGGACUAUGGGGCCGCCUUCCUCCUGCACAAGGAUGGACGCUCAGAUCCUAUCCAGCACCUGGUCCCAGAUGAUGUUGGCGCAGUCUCCUUCACCGUCUUUGGGGUGACCCCAGCUGACAGUGGCACCUACAGGUGCUCCUAUCACCCCAAGAACUACCCCUUUCUGUCCUCACCCCUUGGGGACAGCGUGACCCUGGAGGUGACACCCACACCUGCACCCCCAGGUGCUGAGUUGGUGUCCCGUGGGAACCUGGUGGUGGCAGUGGUGAGGGGCUGUGCUGCUGUCCUCAUCUUUGCCCUCGGCAUCUUCUUUGUCAUCGAUGCCCGCAGCCUCUGGAUACGGAGAGAUGAGAGUCUGGGUGGGGAAGGGAUUUAAUGGCAUUGAUCUCCUGUACAUCCCCUACACAUCUCCCCAGUCUUUCUCUUCCUCUCCUUCCAUUCUUCUGUAGAAUCCACCAGGUGUACCAUUGGAUCCACUAUACAUUGCCUAUCGAUUCCCUCAGAUGUUCCCUGCCCCCAUCCCAUCUCCUAUAAAUCCAUCAUGUAUCCCCUGCCUCCCCUUCCAGGCCCUAUAAAUUAUCUAGUCCCUGUCAUCUUGUGCAUCUGUGUCCAUCCUUUACUGAUCCACUAUAAAUACACCCAAGUGUUACCUGC